AUGACUACUCCACUCUCUCAUAGCAGAGACAAUGCUAUCGUGAUUGCCACACGAACAGCAUCCGGACUUUCCGUCAUUGGUUCAGCGUUCAUCAUUAGCACCUUUGUCUACUUCCCAUUCUUCAGAAAACCGAUCAAUCGUCUAGUUUUCUUCGCGACUUUCGGCAACAUCUUGACCAACAUAGCAACCUUGAUGUCAAACGCAGUGUUACCGAAGGGCUCAGAACCCCCAUCCGGCCUGUGCGAGCUUCAGGGACUACUCAUCCAAUGGUUCCUGGUCUCAGAUUCCCUUUUCUGUUUAUCGAUGGCCACAAAUGUAUUUCUGGUAUUUUUCUAUGGGUACGAUGCUCAACAGCUACGGCAUCUAGAGAAAUGGUAUAUCGCAUGCAGUUAUGGUGUUCCAGCAGUACCAGCCCUUGCAUACUUCAUCCUAGAUAGGACUGGACAUCAGGUCAUUGGGUCAGCAACUCUUUGGUGCUGGGUAGCAUCUGACGUCGAAUGGAUGCGCAUCGCAUUCUUCUACGCUCCUGCCUGGAUUGUCAUCACCGCGACCAUAAGUAUCUACAUCGUUACCGGCUACCGCAUUUGGAGAAAGAGAGUUGAACUGCGAUUAGUUUCUCGCGGCUCGGAACAGUUCCUACGAAGAGAUUCAUUGACUGCCCCUAUACAUGACGCCGCACGGGGCUCUUUGCUCGGCAUGAACAACAUUAUAGUAACGACACAGAUUAAAUGCGAUGUUCAGACGAACGACACAAUCUCCCGCACGGCUUCACCUGAACUGGACCAGAACUCUAUCAGUUCAUCCGCAAGCAACCGUUUGCUUUCUAAGUCCAGGAGAAUGGAUGAUCUGGCCACAGCAUCAUCAUCAGCUCCUGUUCCUAUCUAUACGCCUAAGAUUCAGAUCGAGGACGUCGAAGCCCAGCAAGUUCUACGCCAGGGCACAGCUGGAAGGAAUGGGUAUAGGGCAACAGUUGUUGCCGCAAGCCCCACAGCGGGCACGGCAACGGCGCCAAUUACACUAUGCAGAUCGCGCCCUGUUAUAAAGAGAACUGCUGAAGGCCAUGCUGCGGCAAUGGCAUACUUUCAAGUGGCUUUUCUUAUGUUUCUGGCCCUGUUUGUUGUCUGGUUGCCCAGCAGUAUCAACCGCAUGUACCAGUUCACGAAGAACCGCCCAAGCUUCGCUUUGAACGUCAUCUCGGCAAUCGUCUUACCUCUCCAAGGGGCUUGGAACGCCACGAUAUACAUAUUCACCACCCGCAGGGAGUGCAGACAAGCUUGGAAUACAGUGAUGUCGAAACUCAGUGGCAAGCCAAGGCCGGACCGAACAUCACGAGGCACAUAUCGCAAGGGGGCGAUGAUGAGCUCACAGGAUACCCGUGAAUCUGCUAUUGAUGUUGCGUUAGACGAUAUCACAAAACAUAAUGUCGAUGUCCGUCACUCCGAGGUGUCAAACCAGGAUGCGAUGCAGCCAGAAGCCCAAUCUGAUCAAGAGUCCCGGUGCGCCGUCAAUUCUUCUUUACCUCGUGGAACUACUGUAGCACUACAAUAG